GGGUGGGUUUAUUUUUGGGUCAGUGACAGUGUGUCAAUGGCCGCAGAUGCGUCGGAAAGGAAGGCUCUGAGAUACAAGCAAACCCUGCUCUAUGGGGAGUACCAAGAGCACCAAGGAGCCUCCGGCAGACGGGAGGCCACACGCCUGCUGACUGAGAGACAGAUCAAGAAACAUGGCGACCAUCGCUGCAGCCACGGGAGGACGCGGCACGGGAAUGGCCGUCGCGGCCAAAACGGAUACCACAGUCGCCAAGGACAUCAGCACAGCUAUCACGGCAGGCAAAGGAACAGGCGUCAGUCCAACAUGGAAACAGAGGCUUCUGAUGAGCAAACAGCUGAACCCGACCUCACAUCCUCUAUGAAGAAGAACCGCUCCUACUCCAAGUGCAGAGACUGCAUAGCACGGGUGCAGCGAUUCCUUGUGACCAAGCUGGGAGAAGACUGGAUCUUCCUGAUCCUGCUGGGCAUCACGAUGGCCCUGGUGAGCUGGACAAUGGACUACGCCAGCGCAAAGAGCCUGCAAGCCUAUAAAUGGAUUCAUGGGGAGCUGAGGGGGAACAUCCCCCUGCAGUACCUGGCCUGGGUUUCUUAUCCCCUGAUGUUCAUCCUGUUCUCCUCGCUCUUCUGUCAUCUGGUUUCUCCUCAAGCUAUCGGUUCCGGUAUCCCCGAGUUGAAGACCAUCCUGAGAGGUGUGGUGCUAAAGGAAUAUCUGACUCUCAAGGCCUUUGUUGCUAAAGUCAUCGGCCUGACUGCUGCCCUGGGUAGCGGCAUGCCUGUAGGCAAGGAGGGCCCGUUUGUUCACAUUGCCAGUAUCUGUGCUGCAGUUCUCAGCAGGUUCAUGUCCAUCUUUUCUGGAGUUUAUCAGAAUCCAUACUGUUAUACAGACAUCUUAACAGUGGGCUGCGCUGUUGGGGUGGGCUGCUGCUUUGGGACUCCACUUGGAGGUGUGCUCUUCAGUAUAGAGGUAACAUCCACGUACUUUGCUGUGAGGAACUACUGGAGAGGAUACUUCGCUGCCACAUUCAGCGCCUUCAUAUUCAGAGUGUUAUCCGUGUUUAACAAAGACGCAGUAACCAUCACUGCUCUGUUCAGGACAAACUUUAGGAUGGAUUUCCCUUUUGACCUGCAGGAGUUGCCAGCGUUCGCCAUCAUCGGGAUUUCCUGUGGGUUCCUGGGGGCGUUCUUCGUCUAUCUCAACAGAGUGGUGGUGCUGUUCAUGAGACGGCCCAAUGCUAUGACCCGCUUCCUGACCAAACAUCGGCUGCUGUUUCCUGCUGUGGUAACGCUGGUCAUCGCCACCUUGACCUUCCCACCGGGGUUCGGACAGUUCAUGGCAGGAGAGCUGAUGCCCAGGGAGUGCAUCAACUCUUUGUUCGAUAACUUUACGUGGACAAAGAUUUCGGGAUCUCCUCCUCCGGUUGGUCUGGGCCGCUCCGCCGCCUGGCUGCACCCUGAUGUCAGCGUGUUCCUAAUCCUGCUGCUGUUCUUCCUCAUGAAGUUCUGGAUGUCUGCAGUGGCCACCACCAUGCCCAUUCCGUCUGGAGCCUUCAUGCCUGUCUUCAUACUGGGAGCCUCGUUUGGCCGGCUGGUGGGGGAGAUCAUGGCCACCCUGUUUCCCCAUGGGAUUGUGUUUGAUGGCAUCCUUUACCGCAUCAUCCCCGGAGGGUACGCUGUCAUUGGAGCGGCAGCGUUGACCGGCGCAGUGACUCACACGGUGUCCACAGCGGUCAUAUGCUUUGAGCUGACAGGCCAGAUCUCCCACAUCCUGCCCAUGAUGGUGGCAGUAAUCCUGGCCAACAUGGUGGCCCAGGGCCUGCAGCCCUCCCUGUACGACUCCAUCAUCCAGGUCAAGAAGCUGCCGUACCUCCCGGAGCUCGGCUUUGGACACAUGAGCCAAUACAACAUCUUUGUAGGGGACAUCAUGGUGAGGAAGGUGAACUUUAUAUCGUCUCAGUCCACCUACAGAGAAGUCAAACUCCUGCUGGAUUCCUCUUCACUCAAAUCAAUCCCGCUGGUCGACUCCAAAGAGUCCAUGAUCCUCCUGGGCAGCGUCGACCGGUUGGAGCUGCUGGCUCUCUGUGAUUGGUGGUUGUCACCAGAGAGGAGGCUCCUCAUGCAGGGCGACAGCCUAGCGGAGGAGAACCAGUCACAGAAACACAGCUGGGAGUCCUUCGCCUUCGUCGAUGAGGAGGAAGAGGAGGACGGGGAGAAGGGCAGUCCAGGACAGGAGGAGAGGAACGGCCCCCUGCCUCCUCCGAAACCCCAGGAGCCUUCCUCGAACCACACUGCUCCUGUUCCCGAAAAAGGUCCUCUGCAGUCUGUGAGGGACACACUCUGGAAUCUCUUCGCCGCUAAGAGCAGACAGACGGAGGGCCAGUCACAGGAGCCCUGUCCUCCUCCCCUGUCAGACACAAUGACGCCGGAAGAGAUCAAAGCGUGGGAAGAGGCAGAGAUGGACAAGCCGAUGGAAAUUGACGAGAUACGAGUGGACCCCUCCCCUUUCCAGCUGGUUGAGAGAACAUCAUUACACAAGACUCACACCUUAUUCUCACUGCUGGGGCUAAGUCAUGCUUAUGUGACCAGUAUCGGCAAACUGGUGGGGGUGGUGGCGCUGAAAGAGCUCCAGAAGGCCAUCGAGGGCUCCACCCGCUCCGGCGUCCGGCUUCGCCCUCCCCUGGCCAGCUUUCGCGACAUCAGCAACCACAACUCUGUCGCUAAACCUCCACCCUCUUCUCCCUCUGCACCUUCCUCCCCGGCCUCCGACUCCCCUCCCUCAGCUCCGACUUCUCCCGACCCUCACCCUCACCACCACCAUCACCACCACCCCCACCGCCACCUCCACCACCACCACCACCAUCACCAUGGGAAUGAGACGGAGGUGUGGAUCGAGGGCCUGAGGAGGGAGGCGGAGGAAAGCGGGAGCAGCAGCAGCAGCAGCAGUAGCAGCACCAGUAGGAGUUGCAGCUACAACAGCAACCUCACGCUCCCUCCCUCCUCCCCUCCACCCCCGGUCCCUUCUUCCUCCACUCCCCCUCCUUCCUCCUGCUCCAUCCCUCUCUCCACCCUGAUGCCCCUACAGGGACUCCUUGACCGGGGUGAAGACAGCGAUGAUGAGCCAAUGGUUUAGAUUAUACGGGAGUGAUGGUUAUGUUUUUUAUAAUGAAAAUCUUUUUUAAUGGCGUGAGUUUUCCCCGCUGUUCUUGAUGUCUCGCUCUGGUCUUCCGAUACCCAUUUACCUCUUCUUAUCCCGCCGGUUCUGUCUGCUCGUCUCACAGACCCUCAUCUAGUUGGCGUGAAAACACAACCCUCUCCUUCACUUUGCCCACCCCGACCUCUCCGUCUUUCCUUAAUAAGCUCCGUAUGUGUACAUUUUUUGAUACCUGUCCUGCCGCACUUUCUCACGCGUACAGUCUCAGGGGAUUCAACCGGUGCAGAUGAAACGCCAGACUGAGGUUGCUGCCGGUUUCCGCCGUUCUUAAUCUUUAUGCCAAAGAACUUACCGUUUCCUCCGGGGAUUAUUUUCUUGUCUGGGGGGUGAGAGCAGACAAACAGCAUUAAGACACAGCACACCAAUACUCGCCACUGAAACAAACGUUCUCAUUUUUGGUGGCUCCGUAACCCACCUGUUCAG